AUGGCAGCCAUGAAGCAUGGCAAGACAAAUCAAGACGACGUAUGUUACGUUGUCGCAAAAUACGAUUAUGGAGCUCAGGGAGCACAGGAGUUGGAUUUACGGAAAAAUGAACGUUAUCUAUUGUUAGAUGAUUCUAAACACUGGUGGAGAGUGCAGAGUGCACGCGGGCAAGCUGGGUACGUGCCGAGUAAUUAUGUUAAAAAGGAAAAACCGUCCCUGUUUGACAGUAUAAAAAAGAAGGUUAAAAAGGGUUCGGGUUCGAAAACCUUACCGUCCGGUAAUUCACCUUCACGUGCUGUCGAAUCACCAAUAAUGGCACGAAGAUUACCAGCCGAUCCUAGUGAAGCAAUAGGUACAGCGGUUGUUAAGUACAACUAUCAAGCACAACAAGCAGAUGAGUUGUCGCUGGUCAAGGGCACGCGAAUCCUCAUACUUGAGAAAAGCAACGAUGGCUGGUGGAGAGGCCAAAGUGGCACUCAGGCGGGCUGGUUUCCCUCCAACUACACUCAAGAAGAGGGUGACGCUGACGAUACGCUGCAUACGUAUGCUAUGGCAGAAAACGUUCUUGACAUUGUUGUCGCUCUCUACUCUUUUUCGUCUAACAACGACCAAGAGCUUUCUUUUGAAAAAGGUGACCGACUAGAGAUCCUUGAUCGUCCUCCAGCAGAUCCUGAGUGGUAUAAAGCGAGAAACGGACAAGGUCAAAUUGGUCUUGUACCACGCAAUUAUUUACAAGAGCUCAGUGAAUAUUUGACUCAACCAUAUCGCGAUCGUGGCAUGACGACUAGUGAAAUUAGCACUGGAGACUCACUUGAACGAAGGCCUGAUCCUGGAGAUCGACCGCAUCUUAUUGGUAAACCCUGGUAUUACGGCAGCAUAACAAGAUCUCAAUGUGACACUCUUCUUAAUCAACAUGGCCACGACGGCGACUUUCUUAUUAGAGAUAGUGAAACUAAUAUGGGAGAUUAUUCAGUUUCAUUAAAAGCACCUGGACGAAAUAAACAUUUUAGGGUACACGUUGAAGGGGCACUUUAUUGUAUUGGCCAAAGAAAAUUUCAUACACUUGAUCAAUUAGUUGAUCAUUAUCAACGAGCGCCAAUUUAUACCAAUAAGCAGGGUGAAAAAUUAUACUUGGUGCGUCCCCUGCCUAAAGGUAAUUCUAAUAGCAACGGUUGCUAG